AUGGACUAUGAAUCAUUACCACCUGCACUGCGUCGUAAGUAUUUUAGCAGCUUAGAACGUCUGAGAUUGGCACAAGAUGCCACUGGCACGACUAACCGCCGCUCACCUCCUCCUUCUCGUCUGUCCAUCCUCCCACCAAACCAUCUUCGAACCAUCUCACAACCAUCUUCUACCGAGACCUCUCUCCAGCACCAUCCCCGCCCAGAAGCGAAACUGUUCUUGAACCGAACCCUCUUACGCAAGAGACGAUAUCGCUCAAACCUCCACAUCAACUCGUCCGCUGCCGCCUGGUUCGCUUCCUUGUCCCCCGCGGCACAACGAAAGCUCUUUUCUCAAGAGGAGUGCGAGCUCUAUGGGCAAAGAAAUCACAGUGUUAUCCUUGACGCUGCGGACGAGACUUUACGCCGACGCAGUUGGUAUCCUACCCUCUUCUCGUCCGACCACCGUCGCAUCUCUGACGAUCCCACUAUUGUGGACUCGGAGGCUUCCUUCGGUUACGACUGUGAAGAAAACGUCGAUUCAGCUAUAGACAUGGGCGACUAUUCACUCGAUGGGUUUCGGUGGUUGGACGACGAAACACAUAUCGACCUGAGACUUGAUGACUAUCAUGAGGCAAUAGCACAGACAGCGCGACGAACUGCAUCAUUUUCCGACGUGCGAAUUCCUGCAAAACGAAAAACAUCUCUAUCUAGCUUGUCGAUUCGACGCGGACGCAGCUCUACAUCAUCUUCAAGACCGCCACCAACGGCUCCAGCACACGACCCUCCAGCUACACCGGCCUUACCCAGUAGCAAGGCCAUCAGCCGGUCACCCUCCUUCUCGCUGAAACAUAUCAGAUCUCAAGCAUCUAUAUCAUCGAUAGAUCCUCGUGCAACCCAUUAUCAGGAUCCUGCGGCUCGUCUGAAGCUGCGACUCUAUCUUGCUUCACCUCAAAAGUUUGAUGAAGCGGUUGAGUUUGGGUUCCCUUCUGUUCAAGGAGAUCACCAACGGGUGCUGGCAAGACCGAUGACAAGCCCCCACCCUCACAAGGACACCAAUCGAACAUUCUUCCACGAUGAUACUCCCGAGCUCUCCGGAGACGAGGGAGACGACGAAGGAGAUGAACCAGAUACUCUAUAUGACCCAAGAACACCUGAAGACCCCGUGUUUCAAAUGCAUCGAACGGUCCAAAAGAACAGUAUGGAAGGCAAUGGCAGUUUGCGGCCCUUCUCCCUACGUCGAAAAACAGAGUCGUACGCACGAGGAAGUGCGAUAGACAGGGAAAUGACUCUCCACAUGACACUCACCAGACCGGAUCUUCGAGCACCAGAUGACAUACCUCCAGUCCCACCUUUGGUCAACACCAAGAUCAAUCAGAUCCCAUUGGAGCGACCACAAUUGAACUUGGAUGGCAACCCACUUUCAAUCUGGGACACACUGCCAACGGAAGAAUCAAAGAUGAAGAGAUUCUUCCGCAAGUUCAAGCUGAAGUGA